UAAGAAGUCACAGUUGGAGGGUAAACUGCAGGACAUUCGUUUCCGUCUCUCGGCUCAGAGGCACGAGAUCGAGAGCACCAAUAAGACGCGAGAGCACCGCAUUUCUGAGAUCACCAGCCUACAACAGCAGCUGCAGGAGUCUCAGCAGUGGUUGAGUCGGUUGAUUCCUGACAAACAGUGUCUGAAUGACCAGCUGAAGCAGGUUCAGCAGAACAGUCUGCACAGAGACUCUCUGUCUAGUCUUCAGAGGGCCAUUGAAAUGAAGGAAUCCACCAAACAGCAGCUGAGGGAACAGCUGGACGCUGUGGAGAAAGAGACGCGCUCCAAACUAUUGGAAAUAGAUGCCUUUAACACACAGCUGAAGGAGCUGAGAGAAAUCCACAACAAACAACAGAGGCAGAAACAAAAGGGGCUGGAGGCUGACAUCACCCAGCCAUCACAUGACAGGAAGUCCACAGAAUUGCAAGAGUAUAGGUUGUCAGGGACAGAAGGUGGUGUGUCUCCUGCAUGGAGAGAUGAUGGGCUGGGAAAAGCGCCCACUCCUCCGGUGUCUCAGGCUUGGAUAAGCCAAGUGAGUGAAGAGGAGAACCACAGCAGACCCGACGUACAGGAUAACUUCUCCAAACUCCUCCCACAGCAUCCGCAAUCGGGGAAACUCCCAGCUCAGUUGCCCUGGUCUAUGGCAGAUAAGAUUCCAGUGUCUGGCUUUAAUCAGGGUAAGGUAAAGGUGGUCUACUAUAGAGCACUGUAUCCCUUUGAGGCCCGCAGUCAUGAUGAGAUCACCAUCCAUCCUGGAGAUAUAGUGAUGGUGAAGGGAGAGUGGGUGGAUGAGUCUCAGACAGGUGAACCUGGAUGGUUAGGAGGAGAGAUUAAAGGGAAGACUGGCUGGUUCCCUGCCAAUUAUGCAGAGAAGAUUCCAGAAUCUGAAGUUCCUCUUAGUUUGAGGGCUAGCGCUGCUUCUAGUCCCAGCCCUAAAUUGGGUUCCCAUGUGUCAUCCGCUUCUUCAUCGACCACAGCCACACCCUUGCAGUCAGUCUCCACAGAGUCUGCAUCGAUAGCCCCGCCCUCCUCAGCCCCUGCCCCUCCAGGCCCCGCCUCCUCCUCUUCCUCAACAUCCAGUAACUGGGCAGAUUUCAGCACUACAUGGCCAACUAAUUCUGCAGUGGAGAAGCAGGACAGUGAUGGAUGGGAUGCAUGGCCGACCCAGCCCACUCAGCCAUCCCUGUCGGUGCCCAGUGGAGGGCAGAUCAGGCAACGCUCUGCUUUCACCCCAGCAACACUCUCCGGCUCCUCACCCUCACCAGUGCUCGGCCAGGGUGAAAAGGUGGAGGGUCUGCAGGCGCAGGCUUUGUAUCCAUGGAGAGCCAAGAAAGACAAUCACCUAAACUUUAACAAGAAUGACGUGAUCACCGUCCUGGAGCAGCAGGAUAUGUGGUGGUUUGGGGAGGUGCAAGGGCAGAGAGGAUGGUUCCCCAAAUCUUACGUCAAACUCAUCUCUGGGCCCAUCCGGAAAUCUAUGAGUAUUGAGUCUGGCUCUUCGGACAGCCCCCCCAGUGUUAAGAGACCCAGCCCAUCUCCAAACAAACCCACAGAUCUCGGAGAAGGUCAGAAUUCCAGCGACAGCUCGAUGGAUAAUGUAUUUUUCCCUCUCUCUUCCUAAUCAUUUUGUAUCUGAAAGUCUGUGUGAUUCUGUCUGAUCACAGAGUUUGUGGCCAUGUAUACUUAUGAAAGCAGUGAGCAGGGCGACUUGACCUUCCAGCAAGGUGAUGUCAUCACGGUCACAAAGAAAGAAGGAGAUUGGUGGACCGGCACCGUGGGCGGGAAGACUGGAGUCUUCCCCUCGAAUUACGUCAAACCUAAAGAAUCUGAGGGUUUGGGAUCUGCUGGAAAAACAGGAAGUUUAGGGAGGAAACCAGAGAUUGCCCAGGUGAUUGCUCCCUACACAGCCACCGGGGCAGAGCAGCUCACCUUAGCAGCUGGACAGCUCAUUCUCAUUCGCAAGAAAAACCCAGGAGGGUGGUGGGAAGGAGAACUUCAGGCAAGAGGAAAGAAGCGUCAGAUUGGCUGGUUUCCAGCUAAUUAUGUAAAAUUAUUGAGCCCUUGCACCAGUAAGACCACACCCACAGAGCCCAACCCACCAAAGCUGCCAACACCCAAUGCAGUGUGCCAGGUGAUUGGCAUGUAUGAUUACACGGCUCAGAACGAUGAUGAGCUGCCUUUUGGGAAGGGCCAAAUCAUCAAUGUCUUGAGCAGAGAGGAUCCCGAUUGGUGGAAGGGAGAGCUGAAUGGUUCCGUUGGCCUUUUCCCAUCAAACUACGUCAAGCUGACCACCGACACAGACCCCAGCCAACAAUGGUGUGCCGACCUCCACCUGCUUGAAAUGCUGACCCCAGUGGAACGGAAGAGGCAGGGUUACAUACAUGAGCUUAUUGUUACAGAGGAGAACUAUGUCAAUGACCUGCAGCUAGUCACUGAGACGUUCCAGAAGCCUCUGCUGGAGUCAGAAUUGUUGACUGAGAAGGAGGUGGCCAUGAUCUUUGUCAACUGGAAAGAGCUGAUCAUGUGCAACAUUAAACUGCUCAAGGCAUUGCGGGUGAGGAGGAAGAUGUCAGGUGAGCGAAUGCCGGUGAAGAUGAUUGGUGACAUCCUGACGGCUCAGCUUCCUCACAUGCAGCCGUACAUCCGCUUCUGCAGCUGCCAGCUCAACGGCGCCACCCUCAUUCAGCAGAAAACAGACGAGGUGCCUGAAUUCAAAGACUUUGUUAAGAGGUUGGCGAUGGACCCUCGCUGUAAGGGAAUGCCCCUGUCCAGUUUCCUCCUCAAACCCAUGCAGAGAGUCACCCGAUACCCCCUCAUCAUCAAAAACAUUUUAGAGAACACUCCAGAAAACCACCCGGACCACAGUCACCUGCGGCUGGCUCUGGAGAAGGCUGAAGAGCUGUUCUCGCAAAUCAACGAAGGCGUGCGAGAGAAAGAAAACUCGGACCGGCUGGAGUGGAUCCAGGCACAUGUGCAGUGUGAGGGGCUGUCAGAGCAACUUGUGUUCAACUCUGUUACGAACUGUCUGGGCCCCCGGAAGUUCCUGCACAGUGGAAAACUCUACAAAGCCAAAAGCAACAAGGAGCUUUACGGCUUCCUGUUUAAUGAUUUCCUGCUCCUCACGCAGAUCAUCAAACCUCUGGGAUCGUCUGGAACGGACAAAGUCUUCAGUGCAAAAUCCCACCUGCAGUAUCGCAUGUACAAAACGCCCAUCUUCCUCAAUGAGGUGCUGGUGAAGCUGCCCACGGAUCCCUCAGGAGAUGAACCCAUAUUCCACAUAUCUCACAUCGACAGAGUCUACACUAUACGAGCUGAGAGCAUCAACGAGCGGACGGCUUGGGUGCAGAAGAUCAAAGCUGCUUCUGAGCUCUUCAUCGAAACAGAGAAGAAGAAGAGAGAGAAAGCCUACUUGGUGAGGUCUCAGAGGGCCACUGGCAUUGGGCGGCUAAUGGUGAACAUUGUUGAAGGCAUUGAGUUAAAGCCCUGCCGCUCAAAUGGGAAGAGUAAUCCGUACUGUGAGGUGACGAUGGGCUCUCAGUGUCACGUCACUAAGACACUGCAGGACACUCUGAACCCGAAGUGGAACUCAAACUGCCUGUUCUUCAUCAAAGACCUGGAGCAGGAUGUGCUGUGCGUCACUGUGUUUGAGAGGGAUCAGUUCUCCCCGGACGAUUUCUUGGGCAGGACGGAGAUUCGGCUGGCCGACAUCAAGAAGGACCAGGCCUCUAAGGGGCCCAUCACCAAGCGUCUGCUUUUACAUGAAGUCCCUACGGGAGAGAUUGAGGUGCGACUGGACCUCCAGCUCUUUGACGACCAGCUCCCUGACUUACGUUGUUUGACCUGACCUUUUGACCCCCCCCCCCCCAAGGAUUCCAUAUCCGCUACUCGUCCGUGGUGAAAGCCCACCAUCCUGAUGUAACAGUCCCACUCCACCCAGCAUCAUGAAUCCCAGAGUGUGAAAGUGUGUAACAGUCUUCAACAGUGAUCCCGAAUGAUUUUUUACUGUCCUUGAUAUCUUUUCAAGACGAGUGUGUGAAUGAAAAUGAAUGAUGUACUGUAGAGGGAACCUCUCCGUUCCCUAAUGAUGUGAAGGACGUCUCCGGAUGUCCCGAGAACAGUAGUGCAAAUUGAAACGAUAUUCUUACAGGUUUUCAUUCUAGAAUACACAGAAUAAUUCUAGGAAUCCGUCAUUAUGGGUAAAUCUCAUGAAAACUUAUUUGCAUAAUGUAUACUUCUCAUAACUGUAAUGUGAUUUUUUUUAUAUAUAUAUAUAUAUAUAUAUAUAUAUAUAUAUAUAGUUAUGUAUUUAUUCAUCGUGGUAAAAUUUGUUGCACUACUUUUAAUUAAUGCAGGUGUACAUAAAAAAAAAUUGUAUUUUAAAAAAUGAAAAUCUAUUGGGAAUCAUAAAAUAUGAUGGUCCUGAUAUAGGUUACAUUUUACUGUAAAAUACUUUGGGGAUUUUGGUGUGACCUGGACAUGUUUUUGUGAGAUUCACCCUUAUAGUCUUACUGGCUGUUCAACAUUUUAUUCCAUCCUUUUAGUCAUUAACACUAAAAACUAAAACCAGUCUAGUGUAAAUCAACUCAUUUGUUUUCUGUUUUUACUGAGAGAUAUCUGGUGGCCGUUGUCCAGGUGUUGUCCAGGUGUUUUAGUUUUUCUGUUUGAGGUUCUGUUAAAUGUAGGCAUGUUCAGGGAAAUUUUUAGCAAGUCUUGAAAAGAUGUGGCCACAAAUUCUUCAUGAUAUAAACUAAAUGAAUUAUGGGAGGGAAAUGGUUCUAUUUGUUUUUCAGCAUCUUUUGUUUUGUAGCUUUUAUUGAAUUUUAUGUUGUUGAGAAUGGGACACACGGGCCAAUUGAAAUAUUAUAGCAGCAAGGGUGAUCAGAAUAAAAUAAAAUACCCUACAUGUAUUUGUCAAAUGUUCCUAAAAGGCCAAAACAAUUGAUUUUGUUCAGUUCCCCAAUGUUCUUAGUUUUAUUGUGAUCCAUCACAAAGUAAGCUUUUUAAUAUAUAGUACUAUAUUUCGGUUUGACACUGCAUUACUAAUGACUUCAUAGUUUGUUUUUUAUUUAUGAAUGUUUAUUUUUUUUAUUGUGCUUUUGUUAAACAUUAGUGAUCAACACUGUAGUUAUGUCAUAUUUGUAAAAAUAAGAGAUAUCGGAGAUGUUCAUAUGUUGUAACUGUAUUUGCUUUUUUGUUGUUUAUUUGCAUACAACUAGCCAGAUGGUUUAUAAUGUUAAAGGUUUGGCAAGUUGCACCAUGUAGAAACAAUGAACCAGUGAACAAAAGGGAUCAAUCUUCACCAAUAUCUUCUGCAAAUGUCUUCCGUUCUUCAGAUAUGUCUUAGAAAGAGCCCACUGUUUUUAGAUGGAGGAUGAAAUAAGUUGAAUUUGUGGGGGUCUUAUUUAUUUUUCCUCAGUUAUCACACUACUGAGCUUGAGAAAGGUGCCGUUUCCUUUUGUACUGAAGCGAUGGGGGAUAAAUUUAGUUAAAUUUGUGUGUACAUUUUCCUGUCUAGAUGCAAUAUACAUAUUAAUAUUCCACUCCUGUGCUAGUGAGAUGCCAGAGUGAUCAAGGACAACAGCUACCUUGGGGCCAGCAAGUCAUUCCACUUGGGUUUUCUAUGUGUGUAUAUAUGAGAGAGAGUGAUUCUUAGUGCUUUGAAUGCUUUCUGCUGGGUCACCUUCCCCAAACCUAAUCUCAGAGAGUUUUCCAGACAAUGCAAGGGGUUGUGGUCACACAUCUUUUCUUUUUUCUGCUCUUUUUCCCUUCUCUCAUGUCUUAUCACACACACUGUACAUUUUGACCUCACUUUAUUAUUUAUAUUUGCUACUAUGAACAGUAGUAAUAUAUGUCUAUGUUAGAAACUUUGAAUAGAGUAUAAUAUAUUGCAAACUGAGAAGUAAAUAUGUUUUUGACAGCAUAUUGUUAUCAAUGUAGAAGCAGUGUGUUGUCUUAAUGUUGCAAAUAAAAUUCAGUUGUACCAAGA